AUGAAGCACCUCGCGACAUGCAUCAUUUUGGGACAAGCUCUGUUCCAAGGCACCUCUGCCUCUCCGUGGUUUGGCACCGAAUACGUCGCAAUAGUCGAAUCCACAAUUGUCGACGGCUAUACAGGCGUAUACAUAACAGAUGAUCCAAUAGUGCGAACCUAUACAGAAGUAAUAAUACCAAACGAGAGCAGCCCAACAGUGCUUCGCACAAUGACCUCAACGGCAACGUACUACGGCGGCGACAUCACCGCCGUCCAGCUAGUCGUUGAUCCAUCCGCCGGCGUCCAAGACACGGGCUACAAUUACAUCGACUACUAUGCAUCAGUUACAUAUACUGCGCCGUCAUCCUGCUCCUACACUACGAGUCAGACACUUUCAACUGCGAUCCCAAUUAAUGUCCCACUCGAGGCUCAGGAUCUCUUUACGCCGAGCACGCAAACCAAUACCAUCACCUACAAGUACAACGGGUAUCAGUAUACGCAGACAAGGGCAUUCUUGGAUAUCGAUGACAUUCCGACCAGCGUGUUUUCUUCUGCUAGUUCGGUUUACAAGCCUGCUAUCUACAAGACCUGUGAUAGUUACUAUAGUUCAGGAAGGACGAACUACUACAGCGGCGAUGACGGUGAUGACAACGCAAGGUCCUACAUCGGCUGCAGCAAGUUCAUCUACUACCUCGGCAGCACCGAGUUAGGCGGCGGAUAUUGUUGUUCAGAUGGAUGCCAUCAUACAUGGGGAUUAGCACCAUGGGGUCUGGGCCUUGCAAUCUUCUUCGGCUGGUUCGGUCUAUUCUUGAUAAUUGGCUUGAUAGAAAGCUGGUUCAUCUUCCGCAGAGCUAUGCUCGGCGAGAAAUCUCGCCGAGGUCUCCCUUACGGUUUUGCCCUCCUGUGUCCGCUAGUGUCUUGUUUGCUCCUUAUCACUGUCAAGAAAUAUCCCGCGAAGACACCCGAAGAGCAGGUUGUUCUUGUUGCGGGUUGGAAGGCUAUGUCUGGCGGACAGAAAUUGGGUUGGUGGUUGAAGUAUUUGUUCCGUCGGAAGGAUCCUGCUGCUGUUGCUCUUGCUCGGCUAGGUCCUGGUCCGGUUGUUGCUCCUUAUACUCCUGGCCCUGGUCCUUGGUAUCCGCCUCAUGGUGCUGCAUACCCUGGUGUGUCCCCUAUGGCGGCUUACGCUCCGCAUCCCGCUCAAGGGUAUCCUCCGCAAGAAUACCCGACUCCGCCGCCUGCGGAGGCGGAUGCUACUUCUACUUCUCAGCCUAAGACUGUCUCUGUGAGUGAGACGAAACGUACUGAACGUGCUUGA